CAUUCUUAUCUUUUGAUAUCACAUCUUGGAAGAUGCGCUUGAUUUACAUAUUACUUUAAGCUUAGAACAGUAUUUUUCAUCAAUCGCUACAAUUUUUAAAUUACGAUUUAAAGCAAAAUCUACAAUGGGUAAACUAUUUCGGUUUACACUCUGCUUGAUGGCCGGGACUUUGGUAUUGUGCCGUGGAACUACAACGUUUGAAAACAGCCCAGCAAAUCUAGAAGUUUUCAGUUCCGUAAAUGAUCAUCCUCUCCUCAAAGCCUUAGUCAAUAAAACAUAUAUUCCAGAAGAGAAUUCGUCUCAUCCAUCAUCGAUCGAUAGAACUGCAGUUUUAGCCACAAGAGGUUCGAUAACAGAUGCUAUUUUACAAUCAUUAACAUCCUUAUCAUCUUUUUUAAUUCCAUUUGUAAUUGCUGCUGUUACCUUAGCGCAAAGUAUUGUAACCCCUUUGUUGCUUUUGUUUGACUAUUUAGCAGAUUUGCCCAUUAUACAGUAUUUUGUGCCUUUACCAACGGUCAUUUUGGUAGGGCAAACAGUUUUAAACAUAACUAGCUUAACGUUAAGUAGUCUAAAUGAAGAAAAUAUUGUUAGCUUUACCAACAUUAUCCUUAACUUUCUCUAUAGCCUUUUUGAAUAAAUGUUAUUGAAUAAAUAGUUGAAAUGAUCGAUCAAUCGUAAUUUGUUAUGAAUAUAUGAUUCCUGCAGGAUGUUA